GACUGAAAAAAAAUAAUUACUUGACGUUUGGGAAGAGGUUAUGUUUGUGAUUUUAAUUAGCUCAAUAUAAUUCAUUUUAAAUUAAUUUUAAAGUAAAUAUUGAUUCAUGAUUCUAGAUAAUGUUUUUUUUACGCCAAAGCCGACGCUUGAUACCACAUUUGAACUCUGUGGUACUCAGAAAUUGUAGAUGUUAUUCGGACUCAACAAGAUUAGAUUCCGUUCGAAAUCAAAUAAAAAAGGGGCCAGGAUUGAAAGAAUUUAUAGUUGGGUCAUCAGAACCUGUUCUUGUAGACCGCCCUCACAUACCUUAUUUGCCAGAAAAUGUUCAAGUUACGUGUAAAAGGAAAGUUUUCUUCGAUGUGUAUGGAUGUCAGAUGAAUCUCAAUGAUACUGAAAUUGUGUGGUCUAUAUUGAAGAAUGAGGGUUUUGAAAGGACAGAAGUGGAAGAUGAAGCGGAUAUAUUUCUUGUGAUGACGUGCGCCAUCCGUGAAGGAGCCGAGUCAAAGAUUUGGUAUCGUUUAGAUCACUUGAGAGGUUUCAAGCGACGGCGGGAGAUGUCUAAGAACAGGGACAAGCCCGUGAAGAUCGGUUUACUGGGCUGCAUGGCGGAGCGAUUGAAAGAGAAGCUGAUAGAGAAAGAGAAAGCUGUUGAUGUAGUUGCAGGCCCAGACAGCUACAGAGACUUACCCAGACUCCUAGCGCUCACAAAUAGUGGUCAAACUGCUGUGAAUGUGCUACUAUCUCUUGAUGAGACGUAUGCUGACGUUGUACCAGUUCGUCUCAACCAGGACAGUGUGUCCGCUUUUAUUUCAAUAAUGCGAGGCUGUGACAACAUGUGCACAUAUUGCAUAGUACCAUUCACCAGAGGCAGAGAGCGUUCGAGGCCAGUAAACUCCAUUGUAGAUGAGGUUCGGUUACUGGCCGACCAGGGGGUCAAAGAAGUCACAUUGCUCGGCCAAAAUGUUAAUAGUUAUAGAGAUAUUUCACAACAAACUGAGAAGGUUGAUACACAAAUGGCUAAAGGAUUUAAAACAGUAUACAAAAGCAAGAAGGGUGGUCUGAGAUUUGCUGAUCUGUUGGACAAAGUGUCAUCAGUGGAUCCUGAGAUGAGAAUACGGUUUACAGCAGCACAUCCUAAAGAUUUCCCUGAUGAGGUGCUCCAAGUGAUCUCGGAGCGGCCCAACAUCUGCAAGCUGCUGCACCUGCCCGCCCAGAGCGGCUGCAGCGCGGUGCUGGAGCGAAUGCGGCGCGGGUACACACGGGAGGCCUACCUGCUGCUGGUGGAGCACGUGAGGAACACUAUUCCGGGAGUGGGCCUGUCAACAGACAUGAUCUGUGGGUUCUGUGGGGAGACAGAAGAGGACUUUCAAGAGACGCUAACGCUAAUGGAUAUCGUGGACUACAACAUCGCUUUCCUAUUCCCAUACAGCAUGCGAGAGAAAACAACAGCAUAUCGCAGGUACAAAGACGACGUUCCUGAAGAAGUGAAGAAAGAAAGACACAGCCGCAUGAUAGAGCUAUACCGACGUAAAUGCCAACUCCUAAAUGAAGCUGAAAUAGGGAACACUCACUUAGUUCUAAUCGAAGGAACCGUUAAAAAAACCGGGCAAGUUCUAGGCCGCAACGAGUUUUAUCUAAAAGUAGUUUUUGAUCAAGAGGAAAUCUUGUCCGAAGAUGGAGGCAAAAGACAGGCGAAACCGGGAGACUACGUAGCUGUUAAGAUAGUUUCCGCGAAAGCGUCGGUGUUGCAAGGAAAACCACUUUACCACACUAGUAUUGGAGAUUUCUAUAGAGAAUGUAGUUGGAGCGACCGAAGUCGAGUUAGAUUAUAAGAAAUGUUGAUAAUAAAUUAAUUUGUUAC